AUAGAUUCAAACUUUUUGCCCUGACGCGUCUCUACACAAGACCCAGUUUUUAGACCGGACAGGGGUUUCAGACUUUGCGCUCCCGCUUCCGCUCGCAGCUUGGAGGAGCCACAAUUGCGCCGUAGUGUCUGUUGUAAGGCGAUUUUGUGCGAUGUGCACAACUAUUGCGUGCUAGGUGAAGGAUGUUCAAGGGACUACUGAAAACGCUGUGGCUUGCGUCCACCAGAACCUCACCGCCGCCGGCUUUGCGUGGGGGUGCGGACCGCCAGGAACACCGAAGCUUGCAAGCAUCUCGGCUGCAUCGCCGACGCAAGGCUUGCAUCGACCAGACCGCGUUUUCAUCCAUCUUGGCAAUACAUGCGACAACCCCCAACGUACAUCGUGGCGACUACAAGCCGCGUGGCCUCAGCUGUCAAGUUUGUUAUCUAUGCACCUGGGGAAGCUGCGGGUCAUGGGGUCGAAGCUCGGGGCUGGGGGUUAUUCCGACGCACACGCGAAUUAGUGAUAUCAAGUGGAUCUCCAUCGUAUCCGUGAUUAGACGUGCUAUGAAGUCAGCAGCGCGCAUCCGCCUCGCCUCCUCGUUUCCAGAUUCUUCGAUUCUGGAUCCACCCAUGACUCGUUCACCGACUUGUCCUUCUGCGAGGAUCCUGUCCAACGGCCACCAAAACGAUCUGCAACCUGCAGCUGAGCCUCAUGCAUGCUGUUGCAGCACGGCACAUCAUCCCCGCCAUAGCUCUGCGUCGCAGCUAUCAGAUCGUCCUUAGCCUUAGCCCUAAACAUACCGACCGCCCAACGGAACUUUCUUAGCUUUUCCGCGCUACCUGUACCGCGUCAGUAGCGUCUCAACUGCCAGCGGUAGUACUGCAUUCGCACAAU